AUGACCAAGGUUUACGGCACGGGGACAUACGAUUUCCGGCGCCACCGCGUCGCCGAGUACCCGCUUGCCACGCCGUCGGACUCGAAAGUGGAACUUCAAAAGACCGCUGGUGGCAGCGGCGGCGUUCCGAGCAGCAUCACUCUAUCGGAGAUUCAGCGCGACCGGCUGACGAAGAUUGCGGAGGCGAACUGGUUGGCGAGCGGCAAUGCAGCAGGGAGGACGAAGAAGGAGUUGGACACUGACCUGGUUCGCAAAAUCUACGAAACCGAAUUGUUGGUGAAGGAGGGUUCCAAACCCGUUCCCUUGCAACGCGUCAUGAUUCUGGAGGUUAGCCAGUAUCUCGAGAAUUAUUUGUGGCCGCAUUUCGACCCUCUCACUGCCACUUUCGAGCACGUAAUGUCCAUCAUCAUCAUGGUCAACGAGAAGUUCCGUGAGAAUGUUGCUGCUUGGACUUGCUUCCAUGAGAGGAAAGACACUUUCAAAGGCUUCCUUGAGAGGGUUCUUCGCUUAAAGGAGUUUAAUACAGCCACAAUUCACGUGGGGUCCAACAACCUUGAUGUUAAGGCUGAACUUGGCCCUUUUCAAGGACGAGAACUGAGUAUAGCAGAGAAGACAAAUUAUCUAGUUUUCAUGAUAAAUGCGUUUCAGAGUUUGGAAGAUGAGGUUGUUAGCAGGACAAUAUUGAGACUGGCAAGUUUGAAAUCUUGGCACAGUUUAUCUUAUGGUCGUUUUCAGAUGGAGCUUUGUCUUAAUCCUGGUUUGAUCAAGAAAUGGAAAAGGAUGAUAAAAAAGGAACCUGUGAAAGAAGGUGGAUCACUUUUAGAUCCCUCGACUACAGUUGAAGUGAAGUUCGUGAGAAACCUCAUAGAAGAAUUUCUUGAGAUACUGGAUUCACAGGUAUUUCCCCAGAAACAAUUUUCCAGUGAGGACGAUGAAAUUUUUGAUGCUACUGGUUCAAGGCUUGUUAAUGAUGCUUGUGUCCUGUACUGUGAGAGGUUUAUGGAAUUUCUAAUUGACCUCUUGAGUCAAUUGCCAACGAGGAGGUAUUUGAGGCCUCUGGUGGCUGAUGUAGCUGUAGUUGCUAAAUGCCACUUAAGUGCACUCUAUAGGCAUGAAAAGGGAAAACUUUUUGCCCAGUUGGUUGAUUUGCUGCAAUUCUAUGAAGGGUUUGAGAUUAAUGAUCAUACAGGAACACAGUUAACAGAUCACGAGGUUCUUGAAUCUCAUUAUAGUCGAAUGCAGUCAUUCCAGCUACUUGCAUUUAAAAAGAUGGAAAAGCUGCGGGAACUUGCUUUGACUAACAUUGGUUCUAUUCACAAGCGUGCUAAUUUGUCCAAGAAAUUGUCUGUUCUUUCUGCAGAGGAGUUAAGGGAGUUUGUAUGCUGUAAGCUCAAACUCGUCUCCAAGGAAGACCCCUGGUCAGAGAGGGUUGAUUUUCUUAUUGAAGUAAUGGUAUCCUAUUUUGAGAAGCAACAAUCUCAAAAAGAAGCCAUUAAUGCUCUUCCCCUUUACCCAAAUGAGCAAAUUAUGUGGGAUGAAAGUGUUGUACCUAGCAUAAAUUACUCAGGAGAAGGCUGUUUAGCAUUGCCAAAGCUGAACUUACAGUUCUUAACACUUCAUGAUUACCUUCUUCGAAAUUUUAAUCUUUUUAGACUUGAAUCAACAUAUGAGAUACGUGAAGACAUUCAGGAAGCUGUUCCACAUCUUCUUGCAUAUAUCAAUAAUGAUGGAGAAACUGCUUUUCGUGGUUGGUCAAGAAUGGGAGUGCCAAUUAAAGAAUUCAAAAUUUCUGAAGUUAAACAACCUAAUAUUGGAGAAGUCAAACCAUCAUCUGUGACUGCAGAAGUUACUUAUAGUAUUUCCAGCUAUAGAGCACAAAUUAGAUCAGAAUGGGAUGCACUCAAAGAACAUGAUGUGUUGUUUUUACUAUCUAUUCGCCCAUCAUUUGAGCCUCUUAGUGCAGAGGAAGAAGAAAAGGCUAGUGUCCCACAGAAGCUUGGCCUACAAUAUGUACGGGGAUGUGAAGUUAUUGAGAUUCGUGAUGAGGAAGGAAACCUUAUGAAUGAUUUUUCUGGAAGAAUUAAACGUGAUGAGUGGAAACCCCCAAAGGGGGAACUGAGAACAGUAACUGUGGCUUUGGAUACAGCACAAUAUCACAUGGAUGUAAGUAACAUUGCUGAGAAGGGGGCAGAAGAUGUUUACGGUACAUUUAAUGUGUUGAUGAGGAGGAAGCCAAAAGAGAACAAUUUUAAAGCCAUCCUAGAAUCAAUAAGGGAUUUAAUGAAUGAAUACUGUAUUGUUCCCAGGUGGUUAGAAAACAUUUUUCUUGGUUAUGGGGAUCCUUCUGCUGCACAGUGGACUAAUAUGCCUGAUCUAUUGGAGACAGUAGAUUUCAAAGAUACUUUUGUUGAUGUUGAUCACUUGAAAGAAAGUUUUGUGGAUUAUGAGGUGUCUUUUAUUAAUUCCAAUGGCUCAGAAAAUUUGAAUCCAAGACCUCCUUUUAAGAUCAAGCUUCCCAGAACACUCAAACCAAGCAAUGGAUCUCUUACUGGGAAUGAUAUCAAUACGGCUGUUACUAAUCAUCAGAAAGAAACACUAAUUAUUGAGGCAUAUACUCCUCCAGAUCCUGGUCCUUAUCCUCAAGAUCAGCCCAAACAAAAUUCAGUUAGAUUUACUCCUACACAGGUUGAAGCAAUUAUCUCUGGCAUUCAGCCUGGUUUAACUAUGGUUGUGGGGCCACCUGGUACAGGAAAGACUGAUACAGCUGUACAAAUUCUGAAUGUUCUUUAUCAUAAUUGUCCUUCUCAGAGAACCUUAAUAAUUACUCAUUCAAAUCAGGCUUUGAAUGAUCUGUUUGAGAAGAUAAUGCAGAGAGAUGUUCCUGCACGGUAUCUUCUCCGACUUGGUCAAGGAGAACAAGAGCUAGCAACUGAUUUGGAUUUUAGUCGGCAAGGUCGUGUUAAUGCAAUGCUUGUUAGACGGCUAGAAUUGCUGAGUGAAGUGGAGAGGCUGGCAAGAUCUCUUCAAUUGCCAGAGGAUGUGGGUUACACUUGUGAAACUGCAGGAUACUUUUGGUUACUUCAUGUUUAUUCACGCUGGGAACAAUUUCUUGCUGCUUGUGCUGAGAAUAAAGAAAAGUCAACAUUUAUUCAAGAUCGUUUCCCGUUCAAAGAGUUCUUCUCUGAUACACCACAUCCUGUAUUUACUGGUGAGUCUUUUGAGAAAGAUAUGCGGGCUGCUAUGGGGUGCUUUCGUCAUCUUAAGACCAUGUUUCAAGAACUUGAAGAGUGUCGGGCAUUUGAAUUACUUAAGUCAACAGCUGAUAGGGCUAACUACUUAAUGACCAAGCAGGCUAAGAUUGUGGCAAUGACUUGCACCCAUGCCGCACUAAAGAGGAAAGAUUUCCUCCAGUUAGGUUUCAAGUAUGACAACUUGUUAAUGGAAGAAAGUGCUCAAAUUUUAGAAAUUGAGACUUUCAUUCCAAUGUUACUCCAGCGGCAAGAGGAUGGUCAUGCACGGCUUAAACGCUGCAUUCUAAUUGGUGAUCAUCACCAGUUACCUCCUGUUGUGAAGAAUAUGGCUUUUCAGAAGUACAGUCACAUGGAUCAGAGCCUGUUUACUAGAUUUGUCCGAUUGGGCAUUCCUUAUAUUGAGCUAAAUGCUCAAGGAAGAGCCAGACCAAGUAUAGCUAAACUUUACAAUUGGAGAUACAGAGAAUUGGGAGACCUUCCUUCUGUAAAGGAAGAAGUGAUAUUCAAUAGGGCAAAUGCUGGAUUUGCUUACGAUUAUCAGUUAGUGGAUGUUCCAGAUUACCUUGCUAAGGGGGAGACCACUCCAUCUCCUUGGUUUUACCAAAAUGAGGGGGAAGCAGAAUAUGUUGUCAGUGUCUAUAUAUACAUGCGUCUUUUAGGGUAUCCUGCAAAUAAGAUAUCCAUUUUGACUACUUACAAUGGCCAGAAACUUCUCAUCCGUGAUGUUAUAAAUAGGAGAUGUGUUCCAUAUCACUUCAUUGGUCCUCCAAGCAAGGUUACUACAGUGGACAAGUUUCAAGGUCAGCAAAAUGAUUUUAUAUUGCUAUCGCUUGUGCGUACUAGAUUUGUUGGUCACCUACGUGAUGUAAGAAGAUUGGUUGUAGCAAUGUCACGUGCUCGGCUUGGUUUAUAUGUCUUUUGCCGUCGUUCACUUUUUGAACAAUGUUAUGAGCUGCAACCGACAUUUCAGCUGCUUCUUAAAAGACCUGACCACCUUGCCCUUAAUGUGAAUGAAAUUACAUCAUAUACUGAGCGAGAUGUUGAAGACCCUGGUCCUAAACAUCAUAUACAUUUUGUCAGUGGCAUUGAGGAGAUGGGCUGUAUCAUAGACAGACUGUAUCAAGAAAAGAUGAGACAAGAGUUUCAUCAAAAUGACCCUUAUUUAAGUCAUGUAGAACCAUCAGAAAAUAGCGUGAACAUGCCAGAACCAGCAGAGGACACUGAUAUGCCAGAACUAGCAGAUGAGAUGCCACACGAAAUCAAGGAAGCUACAACUGUCGAUAACCAUGUGGGUGAAAAUGUGCCACCUGAAAACAGCGCGGUAGAUGUUACCAUGGUUGAUAACAUUGAUGGUACUGCAAAGGAGGAGACUGGUGUAGGUGCUGUUAAUUAA